UAAGGACUGAAGAACUCUUCAGUGACCAACACUAGGGCAACAGAAGAUACAUGCGUCAGGCAUUAAGACUAAUCUAUACCACUGCAGUAGCACAGAGGAAGAAUGUCGCAGCCGCAGGACCUGAAAAGUACACGGAGGCAUUUAUUAAAAAACAGAUUGAAGAGUUCAACCUCGGAAAGAGACAUUUAGCCAACAUGAUGGGAGAAGACCCAGAAACUUUUACCCAAGAGGAUAUUGAUAAAGCUAUUGCCUACCUCUUUCCUUCUGGCUUAUUUGAUGAACGAGCCAGGCCCAUGAUGAAGCAUCCCACUGAAAUUUUUCCAGAGAAGAGAAAAAUCCAGUGGGGAGAAGAUGGCCGACCCUUUCACUUUCUCUUUUAUACUGGCAAGCCAUCAUAUUAUUCGUUAAUGCACGAAACAUAUGGAAUGUUGCUAAAUGUUCAAGAAAACCAAGACCAAAUGUCAGUUGAAGACUUUCCCCCAGAGAAAGAAAAAAGCAAGAACCUGCCUGGCAGCAGAUGGCUGACUAAGAUGGAAUUGGAAGAAAUGUUGUUAGAAAACCUGUCAGAUCAUGAUUAUUCAAGAUUUAUUCAACUGCUGCAAAAAAUGGUGGCGUUGCCAUAUGGUGCCGACGAGGAGAAGUAUAUGAAGAAGUUUUCCAAAGAAAUUGUGUCGCAGUUGCAGAAAGUGGUCAUUGAGCCUUUGCAGUACGACGAGCGAGGAGUGGCCUUCAGCACUGCUGAAGGUCAAAGAAAAACCGCAAGAGCUACUGUGGUAGUUUAUGACAAUGGAAGUGGGAAAAUCACAGUGAAUGGAGUGGAUGCUUUACGUUACUUUCCAGUGCUGCAGGACAGAGAACAGUUGAUGUUCCCUUUCCAGUUUCUUGAUAGAAUUGAAAAGCAUGAUAUGAUCUGCACAGUGUCUGGUGGGGGAAGAUCCUCACAGGCUGGAGCGAUACGUUUGGCCUCUGCUAAAGCCUUGAAGAGCUUUGUGACUGAAAAGGAGGUGGAAUUAAUGAGGCAAGCUGGACUACUAACAGUGGACCCGCGUUUGAGGGAACGAAAAAAGCCUGGUCAGGAGGGAGCCAGACGGAAGUUCACCUGGAAAAAACGCUAAGUCUGAGUAGAUGGAAGAAGUGCAGAAUACCACAAGAAUUUCAGAACAUACCUAAUUAUGAUUUAAAUCUGUUAUAAAAAUAUAUUU